GUCUCUCUGUCACUCAUGUGUAACGCGACACAGUCACUUAAUCCGUCACAUGCGCCGCAUUGAACAACAGCCAAAUUACUUCCCUUCGACCCUGACCCUAAGGCGAUGGCUUUUGAAGACUGUGACUGUUGAAGGUUUUUCACUGAAAAGCUCUUUUUGUUUUGGGUUGAAAAUCAGAAAUGACUUUUACCCAAAUGUCUUUUAGUUGGAAAUAACUCUGUACUGCAGAUAUUUCCCGAAACCAAAUAAUUACCCUAAUCAAUGACUGUAAAACAGAUGUCUAUGAUCCAGACAUAAAAUGAUAUGUGUGCGAAAAUAGCCGCACAACUCUCUUCGAAUUUGGUAUUCGGUAAACUUUUGAAGUAAGAGGUUCCGGUGUCACGCAAAAAGCUCAGAGUUAACAGCGAUUUUUUAAGUCAUGAGUGUUUCAGUUCAUCGAACCGAAGAGACGGGUCAAUUCGAUCUAUCCAUUGACAUGGACACUCAUAAGGGAAUCAACAGCUGCUGCACCUCGAUUGCAGACGAACCUUUAAAAUCAGUGGAGCGAAAAGUAAUGAGAGUUUUAAUCAUCCUGGCGGUCAUUGUGUUCAACAGAGUCCUGUUUAAUUAAAUCACUUUAGCCAAAAACUCUUCAGGCCAGUGUCCACUGACGAUUCAUACGUCAUAGGUCAUCUUAGUAACAAACGAAAAUGCAUAAUGUAACACUUAUGAUAGCAAGCAGAAUCACAGACACAUGUUGUAAACAGUGUGAAAUUCCAUAGCAAUGAAUUGCUCAAGAGCAGUCCAGCUUAUUCUGUUAGCAGGAAUCAUUUUGUUAAAGACGUGGGCGAAGGAUGCAGUUCGUUUGGUUGGAGGCCCCUCGGCUGGAGAGGGCCGAGUUGAAGUGUAUUAUUCCGAAGCCUGGGGUUUAGUGUGCGGUGAAAACUGGGAUAUGGUGGAUGCCAGUGUUGUUUGCCAAAUGCUAGGCUAUGGUGGAGCCUCAGCACAUUUACAGAAUAUCACCCUGGAACAGGAAAAUGACACGAAGUGGCUGAGUGACGUGCAGUGUAUUGGAAACGAGAGUUCCCUUGCUCAGUGUGCUCACACUGGGUGGGGAAAACACAGCUGCAACAUAAGUCAGGCCGCGGGUGUCACGUGCUUUGAACGACGCUGGGAUAUCUCCUCGGCGAAACCACAGUUUAUUUCAAGCACCCUAGACACCAUAACCAUGAAGUGUAAUGUGCCUGGCGUGACGCCAGUGCAGUAUACGGUACAAAUAUGGUCAAAUGCUACUAAAACAUGGCGUGACACUAGAUGUAGUCAUGACAAUGCGAAUGGUUCGUGUGUUGUAAGAACGCUUAAUACAAAGGUCACUGUUACGGGUCUAGCUCCUGGGCAUGCGUAUUACUUCAGAUUUGUUUCUCCUUCCCUGGAGUCAAGCCAGGUAUCAGAGUCAAUGGUAACCAAGCAACUAGGUUAUGCCACAGCACCACGUUUCGUUUCAAGUUCUAAAAGUUCUAUCACAAUAACCUGGGAGUCCAACACAUCAGUGCCCCGCACGAACUACUCAGUAGAAAUGAAAUGCUGUCAGGAAACGACAUGGACAGACGCGCACUGUACAGAAAAUCUGUAUGGCCAAGGUUGUACUGUCAGUAAUAAUACAGCGACUGUGAUUGGUCUAAAAAAGGACAAGGCGUAUUACUUUAGAGUGUACGUGGUUUAUAGCAAUUGGAGGAGUGUAGCGAGUGUCUCAAGUGAAGCAAUGAUGAUAAAACCCGGUAUUUUCCGUAAGGGUAAAAUUUGGAUCGCCUCACUUUCUUCAGAUUGUGUGACGUCUCAAGUAGGUGACGUAAUAACUAUGUUUUGUCAUGUUCCUGGUGACACACCAAAUCCCCAAGUUUACAGAUGGACGAAAGGGGAUAGUACGAUCCUUGAUGACAGUAAGGAUGGCGUAUUAAAUCUAACGAUAUCUUCAGCUGAUGACUUUGGGUUGUACUCGUGUCACGUGAUCAAUUCUGAGGGUAACGCAAUCUACAACAUUACCAUUUGCCAGAAGACAUCUAUUAAAGAGAAGGUCACGCAAGAUUCCAUGAACAGUAUAGUUAUAGCCAUUAUAACAACUUCUUUUAUAUGUUUUGGAAUAUUUAUUGUUGUAUUGAUCCUCUUAAAAAUGGCUCAGAUCUACCGACGAAGGAAAAAGCAAUCAAAGGAGGCACGACGCGAAGAGAUGGCCAUGCUUCAUUACAGACAAAAGUCAUUCAGAAGUGGAAACAACAACGAAGAAGAGCUUGAUUUAAAUACCUAGUCAGCGUACCCCUUCUCUGCCACACAUUCUCCAUUAAGGUCACAAGGGAUCCCUCCUUCAUGGUCAGUGCCAUGAAUUAGAAAUCAAACCGUGACACCACGAAGUGGAAGUAGCGAAUCGUCAAUAUGAAGUUUGAAAUUAGAUUCAAUAUGUGUACAUGUAACUACUGCUUAGCUCCAGUUGGUUCGAAUAUACUGAAUACCUCUCUGCUUCCCCUACUAUCCUUCCUCUUAACACCGAUUUCAACUCGCCGUUAGAACGUAAACACUUUAUGUUAAAGGAUCGUAAAACACAACAAAACAAGUACAACUCACACAACAACUACCAGUCAUAUAGUGAUCGAUUUGAUAGUGCGCUAGCAAGUUUAGCGGAGUGUUGUUUUAUCUAGUGUAGUUAUCUUGUUAUGAUGCAUGGGAAAUGAAAUUGAUAAGAUGUGAA